ACUGACGCGAUCACGGUCCCGACAUGAUGUAGCUUCAAUACCUUGACUCUGUCCUGCACCAUUCAAAAGAUCCAGAGUGCUUUCCGCAUCUUUACCACAGUUUGCAUCUCUGAAGUCAAUCAAGCUCUCCGUCUCGGCAUUCAGCUGCUUUCCUACAUUGUCCUGAUUUCACAGUGUCGCGACUCGCAAUGUCUGGAUUCGCAAAACAUUUGGAUGUCUUGACCCGAUCGCAGGACGAUUCGGCUGAUCGGGACAGAGGCAUCCUCGAGGAAUGGACCAAGUUUGCUUCCGACAUCCGGGCAUCAGGUUCGCUCACCACAGGCGAGCCCGCGCGCACCGGUGUCUGGCGCACCCAAGGUACAGAGACCAGUCCGGAUUUUGAACUAACCGAAAGCGAAGACGAAUGGGAGUCCGUCUUGGAUGUAUAUCAGAGGGCUGGACCUCUUGUCGAGGAGAUUAACGCCACACUUUCUAAAUUGCUCUCUAAACCGGACAUUGAGCCGAUUCUCCAGCCGCUUCAUAGUAUUCUUUCCUCAAAUGCUCCAGACGAACGCAUUUCCGAGGAGCUAGUAGAAAUGAUCGGAUUUGACGAGAUUGAAUUAGCCAUGGACCUUCUUAAGGAAAGGCGGCACAUUGCGCAGGAAAUUUCUGAGUAUCUGCAGAAGAAGGGCUCUCAGCUGCCACAACCACCGCCACAGAAGGGCCCCAGAGCCGAUGCACCUGUCGUGUUCGAUUUAAAAACUGCUCGAAAACGCAGAGAAGAGACUCUCCGAGCAAAUGCGAAUCGUCCAUUAUUUUCUGGCACUGCCGAAGAAGCCCCAGAAGUCCUUCCUCAUGUCUACACAUCAUCGUCUGUGGUGGGAGGAAGCAUUCUAUCCCAAUUUGGUGCCAAGUAUGUGUUGCCACUUGGAACAACUCGAGAGUAUCGUGAGGAAUACGAAGAAGUCACAAUUCCACCAGCAAGGCCUGUUCCUCCUCGUGUCACUGAGCGAUUGAUUCCAGUAUCAGAGCUAGAUCCCCUUGCUAAGGGAUCGUUUCCGGGAUACACGAGUUUGAACAGGAUCCAGUCAAUCGUUUAUCCGACUGCAUAUCGGUCUAACGAGAACAUGUUAGUUUCCGCCCCCACUGGUGCCGGUAAGACAGACGUUGCAAUGCUAGCCGUGCUCCGCGUCUUGGAUCAGCAUCGGUCGACCUCAGAUACGGUUGUGCCCUUAGCUGGGACCAUACGUCGUGAUGAUUUCAAGAUCAUCUACGUCGCACCGAUGAAGGCUCUUGCGUCGGAAAUCGUCCGAAAACUUGGCAAGCGGUUGCGAUGGCUAUCCAUUAAUGUUCGAGAACUCACUGGUGAUAUGCAGCUCACCAAGGCCGAAAUCGCGGAGACCCAAAUGAUUGUCACGACGCCUGAGAAAUGGGAUGUAGUCACGAGAAAACCCACCGGUGAAGGCGAACUUGCUUCAAAAGUGAAGCUGCUCAUCAUCGAUGAAGUUCAUCUGUUGAAUGAUGACCGAGGUGCUGUUAUCGAAACAAUCGUUGCUCGAACGCUCAGACAGGUCGAGUCCAGUCAAUCUGUAAUUCGUAUUGUUGGUCUCAGUGCAACACUGCCAAAUUAUCUCGAUGUUGCAGACUUCUUAAGUGUUAACCGUCACACUGGUCUUUUCUACUUCGACUCUUCGUUCCGACCGGUACCUCUUGAACAGCAUUUUCUCGGCAUCAAAGGCAAAGCAGGCAGUCCGCAAUCGCGGAAGAAUCUGGACAAGGUAGCAUAUGAGAAAGUCGCGGAGCUUGUACGAGAGGGUCAUCAAAUCAUGGUAUUCGUACAUGCUCGCAAAGAAACAGUAAAAACCGCACUGGCGUUGAAAGAGUCAGCCAUGGUUGAUGGUUUAUUGGACGAAUUCAGCUGUGAAGACCACCCUUCGUUUUCAUUGUUCCAGAGAGAUAUCUCGCAAUCUAGGAACAAGGAGAUGAAGCAAUUAUUCGACCAUGGCUUUGGAAUUCACCAUGCAGGUAUGUUGAGGCAAGAUCGAAAUAUGAUGGAGCGGAUGUUCGAGGCCAGAGCGAUCAAGGUCCUGUGCUGCACUGCUACUUUGGCUUGGGGUGUUAACUUACCUGCGCAUGCCGUGAUCAUCAAGGGUACCCAAGUAUACGACAGCGCCAAAGGUUCGUUCACGGACCUGUCGGUCCUGGAUGUUCUACAAGUGUUUGGUAGAGCUGGGCGACCUGGCAUGGAGACCAGCGGUGUUGGAUAUAUCUGCACUACGGAAGACAAGCUCACUCACUACCUCGAUGCGGUUACUUCCCAAAAUCCCAUCGAAUCAAGGUUUACGACUGGCAUGAUCGAUGCUCUGAAUGCAGAGAUAGCCUUGGGUACCGUCGCAAACGUUAGGGAUGCGGUUCAAUGGCUUGGCUACACGUACCUCUAUGUGCGCAUACGCAAAAACCCAUUCCAAUAUGGCCUUACAAGAGAACAAGUUAUGGAGGACCCGUACUUGGGCACCAAGCGUACGCAGCUCGUCACAGAGGCCGCAAUGAGAUUGGCAGAUGCUCGCAUGAUUGCUUUCGAUCGUGGUACAGGGUCCUUUGUGAUCACUGAUCUUGGCCGGAUUGCUGCGAAAUACUACAUUCGGCAUGCAUCAAUUGAGAUAUUCAACAAGGAGUUCAGACCUCGAAUGUCGGAGGCCGAUGUCCUGGCUAUGCUAAGCAUGAGCACGGAGUUCGAUCAAAUCCAAGUGAGAGAGACGGAGGUCAAGGAGCUUGAGCAAAUUAUGGAAGUCGUUCCUUGCACGGUGAAGGGAGGGACGGAUACCAGUCAAGGCAAAGUCAACACAUUGCUCCAGGGAUAUAUCUCUGGACUGCGUCCAGAGGACUUCGCAUUAGUUUCUGACCAGGCUUACGCUGCUCAAAACGGUGGACGUAUAAUCAGGGCUCUUCUUGAGAUCGCAAUCACUCGGAAGUGGGCCAAUGCGAGUGCCGUGCUAAUGGGCAUGAGCAAAGCAAUUGAAAAACGACUUUGGCCAUUUGACCAGCCUCUCAAGCAAUUUCCCCUCAAGGCCGAGGUGUUCUAUAACCUUGAACGUUAUGCCGAUGAAUAUACGGUCGCCGAACUUGCCUCCAUGACUGCUGCGGAGCUUGGAGAACUGGUCCACUUAAAUGAGCGUCAUGGAGGUGCAAUUCUCGAUGCGGCCAAACAAUUUCCAACGGUAGCAAUCACAUAUGAGCUACGACCAAUAGGCUAUGAUGUUCUCAAAAUAGCUGUCCGCGUUAGUCGAAGAUUUAACUGGAGUUCGAAGGUGCAUGGAUCUGUUGAGCCGUUCUGGCUGUGGAUAGAGGAUCACGAGGCCCUCACAAUCCUCCAGCUAUCUCACUUAAUUUUCCGACAAACUACAGAUACAUUGGACGUCGAGUUUGUUAUUUCCAUUCCGGAGGGCAAACCGCCGCCUUCGGUUACAAUACGAUUUGUGUCUGAUAGAUGGAUGGGUGCCGAGGAUGAAGUCGCUGUGCCUUUCGAUUCCUUGGUUAUGCCGACUGCCUCUGAGUCUCAUACACCCCGAUUGGAUAUCCCGUUCCUGCCCCUCUCUGUUUUACAAGAUUCCAUUCUCGAGGACUUCUUUGGCCGACAUGUGAAUAGUCUCAAUGCUAUCCAAUCGCAAAUAUUCUGGAGCUUGGUGAACACACGCCAACACUCUCUGGUAUGCGCUCCGACUGGUUGUGGCAAAUCCCUUAUUGGACAAUUUACUAUCUGGCGGACGCUAGACCAAUCGAAAUCAGAUUCAUGGGUACUAGUCGUCGUUCCUCGACGCAGUUUAGCGACAGACCUUAUGGCCGAUCUUCAUCCUGUAGCGAGGGUGAAGGGAGUUUCUGUGGAAUCCCCUUCUCCAGAAGUAAACCUGCGCUCUCCUAAGGGAAAAACUGUCCGAUUAACAACCGCAGCGUCUUUAUUGGCUGCCAUGUCCCGACUCGGACACGAUGCGAGUAAAAGGGGCAUUUUCCGAGGACUGCAGCUGGUGGUUUGUGAAGACCUGGAAGUACUCAAUGCAACUUACGAACUCGCGGUGUCUAUGUUAAUGCAUGCAACUCAAACACAAACAACACGAUUCGUGGGACUGUCCAAUUCACUAAACGACCCCGCCGAUCUUGCAGCAUGGCUCGAUGUGGAUCCAUUUGGGCUUCAUAGCUUCCGAUCAAGUGAUAGGGAUCAAUCGCUUUCAAUGUCCACACAGACAUUCACUAUACCUCAGUCAGCGGCAUUGUUUAAAGCAAUGGCGAAGCCAGCUCAUACAGCAAUCCGCACGACUCCCGGAGAGAAGGCCAUAGUUUUUGUCCCUUCACAUGGUCAAUGUCUUCCUGUCGCAAGGGACUUGCUCACGCAAUGUGCGCUCGAGUCGGGAACAACCAAUGGUUAUCUUUCCGACUCAGUGGACCUGCAACAUCUUGACUAUCUGGUCUCCAGGUUUGAAAAUGCUGGCCUUGUUGAAUUCGCAAGGGGUGGAAUAGGCUUCUACUACGAAAGUCUGAGCAAAUCGGAUCGAACAAGGGUACUCGAGAUGUACGCAGAUGGCAUCAUUGGUGUCCUAAUUGUGCCACACGACUCAUGCUGGACGUUGCCCGUGCGUGCUGGUACGGUGGUCGUGAUGGGUACCCAAUAUCUGCAUAUCCUACCGGGAGGUGAAGAGCGGCAAUUACGUGAUUACCCACUGGAGGAGCUUGUACGUAUGCAGGGCAGAGCGGUAAGACAUCAUGGUAUCGGUGGCCGUUUCUGCCUGUUCUGUCAAGCUGAGGCAAAGGACACAAUUACUCGGUUCUUGCACGAUGGUCUUCCAUUGGAAUCUCAGCUGUUGGAGGCCAAAGAGCUGAAGAGAUGGUACAAAGAUCGCAAGGAAGCAGGCGACAUCAGAAGCAAGCAAGAUGGCGUGGACGCACUCUCCUUCACUUUCCUCGCACGCCGGGUGGUAAGCAAUCCCGUCUAUUACGGUGCAUCUACUACAGGCUCGAGGGACGACGUACUUUCGCGAAUUGUAGAUAGGUUGGAAUCGGAUGAUAUAUAGUAAUACGUUUAACUUCUACGUGGACCAUAGAAGGAACCCCGGAUCAUGGAUGGACGAUGUACUUGCGUAGGCUUUCCAGGCGCUGCGCCGCAUGCUUAAGUGUCUCGAUGUCUUUGCAAAAGCCAAAUCGAGCAUAUUGCUCCCCAAUGUUGACGUGUUCCUCGCAAUAGAACUUCGCGACAACGCAUAAGUGUAUGAAUGAUUUGCAACCAAGGAUAACUCUCACCUCGCUGACGGGAAUAGACGAAACACCUAUCUCCAUUGCAAUGAACCAACAUGCUCUGCGUCGUUCAUGAGCACCCAAAAGAGAAAGAGUAGCAUCUAGAACAGAACGUACUUGAAAUCUCGACCUCUGCCUUCUACACUCUCAGGGAAAGGAAAGUUCUCAGGCCAUUGAAUGUUAGAGAUGUCCUGUCCAACAAUCUGAACUUAGCCCCC